GGGCAGGAGGAGACAGGCACAAGCCAGGACCUGCGCCGGAGCCGCCUUCCCCCACUUCAGCCCCACCUGGAGGCCUGGCGUGGAAGGGGGUGGGAAGGAGGGGAGAGGCGUCCCAGUGGGCCCAUGCCAGGGCCACUACCCAGUGCUGGUCCCUUGCCACGUCCACACGCCCCUCUCAGCUGGCAGUGUUUUCCUUCCGGAGCGGCUGUGGUGCCUGGGCCUGACCUGUUUUGCCAGCUGAGGUUUCCAGCCAGGUUUGGGAGGUGGGGAGCCCUGUGGCCAGAAGAGCGGCUCAGAAGCUCCUUCAAGCAAGAGGACGGGCCUGAUGGAAGCUACAUAUGCCCAGCUGGGGCACAACCCCAGCUGAUGCCCCAGAGAGGCCACCCAUCUCAGGAGAGGCUUUGGGCCCUGCCCUGUCUUCCCAUGGCCCAUGGGCCAGGACCUGAAGCUGAGGAAUUGCUGGACCUCAGCUUCCUGACAGAGGAGGAGCAGGAGGCCAUCGCUGAUGUCCUCAAACGAGAUGCCCACCUGCGCCAGCUGGAAGAAGGGCGGGUCAGCAAGCUCCGAGCCUCUCUGGCAGACCCCUGGCGGCUGAAGAUCCUGACAGGGGACUGGUUCCAAGAAGCACGCUCCCAGCGGCACCACCAUGCCCACUUUGGGUCUGACCUUGUCAGGGCCUCUAUCCGAAGGAAGAAGAGCCCCAGGGCCCCAGGGGACCAGGCUCUGGGAGGUAAUGGUGACGCAGAGGCCGCUGCAAAAGACACCGAUGAAGAUGAGCCGGUGUCCAGGGUCUCCGGAGAGGUGGCUCCUCCAGAGAGGCACAGUGAGACCCAAGGACCUGAUUUUCCCUCACCAUAUGUACCCUCAAAGGCUUCAAGUCAUGAGGAGCUGCCCCAGGCCCAGGAAGCCCCUGGCCAAGGGGGUAUGCAGGCGGCAGAGGCGGACCCAGAGCUGGAGCCUGAGCCAAGGGCGGAGCAGGAGUCACAGCCAUUGCCAGCCCAGAUCAAGAUGACCCCCCAGAUCCUGGAAAAUGGGGAAGAGGCCCCGGGACUCGGCCCCUCGCCCGACCGCAUGCUCAGCAGCGGCUCCUCUGUGUCCAGCCUCAAUUCCUCCACGCUGAGCGGCAGCCUGGUGAGCCUGUCCGGGGAGGCGGAGGCGGGCUCCGUGCAGGUCCGAGGCUCCCUGCACUUCUCGCUGCGCUACGAGCCUGACAGCGCCGAGCUUCGGGUGCAAGUGAUCCAGUGCCGAGGCCUGGCCGCCGCCCGGCGACGCCGCUCCGACCCCUACGUGAAAAGCUACCUCCUCCCCGAUAAGCAGAACAAGCGCAAGACGUCGGUGAAGAAGCGGAACCUGAACCCCAUCUUCAACGAGACCCUGCGGCACUCCGUCCAGCAGGCUGAUCUCCCGGGCCGCGUGCUGAGCCUGUCGGUGUGGCACCGCGAAAGUCUGGGUCGCAACAUCUUUCUGGGAGAGGUCGAAGUGCCCCUAGACACGUGGAACUGGGACUCCGAGGCCACCUGGCUCCCCCUGCAGCCCCGGGUUCCCCUCUCUCCAGACGAGCUUCCCAGCCGGGGACUGCUCUCUCUGUCCCUCAAGUACGUCCCUGCCGGCUCAGAGGGAGGAGGGCAGCCUCUGAGCGGGGAGCUACACUUCUGGAUAAAGGAAGCCCAGGGCCUCGUGCCACUGAAGCCAGGGACCCUGGACACCUACGUGCAAUGCUCGGUGCUGCCUGAUGACAGUCGGGCCAGCCGGCAACGUACAAGAGUGGUUCGGAGAAGCCUCAGCCCCCUGUUCAACCACACCAUGGUUUAUGACGGCUUUGGGCCUGCCGACCUACGCCAAGCCUGUGCUGAGCUCACGCUGUGGGACCACGGAGCCCUGGCGAGUCGCCAGCUGGGGGGCACACGCCUUAGCCUUGGUACCGGUGAGUGGGGGUGGGGGGCUGAGGAGAGCCAAGCUUGGAGGCAGGGUCUCAGUGGGUGACCUUGGACACUCCAUUACCCUUCCUUAAGCUCUGUCGGGCACAGUGCAUAAUCUGGGAGCAGAAAGGUUUUCUUGGGACCUGAGGUGUUCAAGGUGACAGGACCCUCUACUCUGGCCCACCCA